UUGAGCUAAAGCCGUAAAGUAAAUUAAACACGGGCGGCGAACUGACGAAAAACUGAGAUCAAAUGCGAUCUACAGCAGAAGCUCAAGUUAAAGUGUUUGAAUCGUUGAAUCCAAUGGACUCGGUUAGAAUUACGGUCGAAAAGGAGCGUCUGGUACGAAUAAAAGGACGAUCUCAUUUCGUCGAGGAAACUAGGAAGCACCGCAUUGCGGCAAUAUCGCGCGACCAAGCAAAACCAUCGCUUGAAAACCCGCCUCGAAAACAAGGUACGCCACUGUGAGAAUGAAAUAGAAUUUCGAUCAAAAAGGGGCAAGAGAAUCUUGCCUUUACCUCGAUUUAAAAUGGAACAAAAGGUAGAGAACGUUGGAUAAACAAUGUGAAUCGAGUCAGUGAACGAGAGAAAAAGUCGGGAUCGGUGUCGAUCUAGGGUCAGGUUAGAUGGUACGUCCGUUGCUAGCUGGAGAGAGCGCGUGUAUCCUUUUUGAUCGUGCGAUCAGUGCUCCAAAGAGGAUCUGGCAACAACGGCUGGAGGUGGAGUGAUCUUGCAGGAGCAUUGGCCACACGAGAACGAGAAGAAAGGAGUGAAUCGUCGUUGGUUGAAAAGAGGCAAAGGCUCACCUUUGCGCGAGAGGAGAAGGGCCGAAGAAGGCGGCGGGAUCGAGCCAGGCCUGGUCCAGCGCUCGUAAAACUCGUCUCGCUCCGUAGAAAUACCUCGCGUUGUACGUCGAAACUUCCGGUCGGAACGGAACAUACACGUUUUUCCUAGACUCUCCUUUUCCUUCUUUUUCUUCGAUGCGCGAUACUCGCGGGAUCGCGUCCGCGUUGUAGAACAACGGACCUCGUCGUAGAAAAGGGGAAAACCGUGGAAAGACAAACGGAGGAAAAGUUUUCGACGAAACAAUGUUUCGCCCCGUGGGAGUGUGAGAUGCCGAUCGGCUGAAAAUGCAGUGUUUCGCGUGCGAGCACAAUACUCGUCCACGUGUACCAGGGAAACAACGCUUCAGCUCGUCGCGGUUCGCUUAGACCCUUUUCCAACGUUCGUUCGCCUCGAUCGACGAAAAAAAGGUGAUAGCAAACGCGCGAUUCUACGUUCCUCAGUAGUUGAUUCUCGAUUCGACACAUCAUGGCGACCAGAGCCGUCGCUGUGGGGGCGGCACCAGGAGCAGCGGGGAUAUCUGGUGAGGCAGGUUUAGCCGGCGUGCCUAGACUUCUGGAGGACUUGGCUCGACUUUCCGAAGACAAAGAUACAGCUGACAUUGUCUUUCUGCUGGGAAGGGAUGAGACACCGGUUUACGCUCACAGAAUUAUCCUUCAAGCUAGGUGCAAGAACUUUACAGCCGCGAAGAGGAUCGGGACACCGGGAAAUCCAACCCCGAUGCGUAUGCCGCACGCUCAUCCAGACACUUUUCGACAAUUUAUCCAUUACGUGUACACAGGCAAGAUCAUGCUACAGGAUAGCGGUAUAUUCGAAAUGCUGGGUCUUGCGCAAGAAUUGGGUGUCGAAGAACUUUGGAGAAGUUGCGAGGAACACGUCUCCGCCACUCUAAGUCCAGGAAACGCGUGUGCCCUUUUGACUGCGGCGUUAGAUGCCCAAGAACGAGUUCCUAGUAAUUGGUACAAUUAUGACGCCAUAUUUUUCGGCGUUUGGCUAUUACAAAGCACGAGUGUUAAACGUUGCUUGUUAAUUUUUGAAAUUAUCACAAAAAUGUCGUACAAAGGACCUCAAAAAGUUCAAAAAGUGAUGGUACAACCCAUCAACCUUAUAUUUCGAUACCUGCAAAACCGUUCGCGCGUGCAAGUAUGGUUAUUCGAGAACAUCAACCUACGAAUCGAGGGUCACAUCGUUGGAUUUGACGAAUAUAUGAAUUUAGUAUUGGACGAUGCGGAGGAAUAUCAUUUGAAGACAAAGAACAGAAAACCACUCGGACGAAUCAUGUUAAAAGGCGACAAUAUAACAUUAAUACAAAAUACAAAUCCAGGAGCGAAUUAAACUACUCAUAACCUUGGAGGAUGCACAAAAAAAUGUAUUAUUUUAUACCUUGUGCUAUUGAACAUGUAAACUACAUGUUAAAACUGACUUAAAAACAUAUAAUAAGGACAAAGUUAAUAUCUUUCAAGUUCACCAUAUUUGUGAUACAUAAUUCAAUGUAAUUAGAAAGAACAAUGGUAAAUUGACAUGUACAAGUUAUAAUGUUUUUUUUAUUGAGAAACGUAUUUGUUAUUAUAAUCUUAUAAUACUAAUUUCAAUGGAAUUUAGAACAUGUUUCAAUCUUUUAAUCUUCAAUUAUUUUUAUUAAAUGAAAAACUGUGUAAUGUAUAUCCCAUAUAUUUAAAAUUGUACCAAUUUAGUAUUCGAACAAAUUCCAGGUGUAAAUAUUGUGAUUGAGCAAUUGCUGUAAUAGAUAAUGAUCUAGAUAGACAUUUAAUAAAUAUUUUUGAAUCAAA